AUGACGACACAAGGCGGGAAUAGAGAGACAGAGAGCAAUGUGAUAAGGCUCACCAUCCCAGAAAGAUCAUUCCCAAUUGUAUUUUGUGCUUCUCUGGUUGGAUUCUCGCUUGGGAGCUAUAGAGGGGGAAGAUUGGCGGGUAAAAAGUUUUUAGCAGAGAAUGCACACAGGGCGCCAAAGACGGUGCAAGGGUGGUACUUCUACAAUAAGACGAAGAAUUACAAGAUAAUGCAAAUGAGCCUGAAGAAUGGCUUGGUGGAUGGUAGUAAGAUGGGGGGAAUUGGGUUGCUGUGGGUGCUGGGGAGCGUGGGCGCAGAGAAGGCGCGCCAGAGAGCGGGCCUGGGGGACAGCGUGUACAGGCCCAUCGAUGAUCUCAGUGGAUCGCUCAGCACCGUCGCAGCAACGUCCAUCGUCUACAAAUUAAAAACACCGGCGAUCAAGCGACUUACCGGAAUCGCCGUGCUUGCGAGUGUAUCCAUGUCCACGCUCAUCCAACUCAAACAAAUUUUGUAA